AUGGCCUCUAAAUCAAAGUCAAAGCAGGAAGAAGCUCUUCAAUUUCUCGAUGAUCUUGAUUCCCUUAAUCCAGUCGCACCAACGACGCGUGGACCCGCUGCUAAUACGGACAGCGCAGGAGACCCAGCGGAUGUUCUCGCAUUCAUUGAUGAGAUAACUCAGAAGAGUUCAGAGCCAACCCGCUCCACGACAUCACAUAUAGAACGACAUGCUUCGCGUCCAGGAACUCCAUCACUGAGAAAGAGCACUGAACGAGUUAAAGUCGGUGCUCAUCCGUCCUCCUCAACUUCUUCUCUCGUGGCAAAACCAGAACCAUCGUCAGCUUCUGUUGCCAAGGCUGAAGCUGAGCCUGCAUUGGCGGCUUCCUCAAAUCGUUGGGGAUGGGGCAGCGUAUGGACCAGUGCAAAUACUGUUUACCAACAAGCAAGGUCUGUAGUGGACGAGCAGGUCAAGAACCUUCCCAAGAAUGAACACAUCAGUAAGUUGGGAGAGGGAGUCCUGGAGUACGCAAAGACUGCGCAGCUUGACAAACUUGGACAAGAUUUCAAGAAAGUCGGACUGUCUACAUUGACAGACAUUCUGAAUGUAGUUGCUCCUCCUAUAUCUGAGCACGAGGUCAUUCAAGUAUGGCUCAGUCAUGAUAUGAAAGGAUAUGAUGGUGUCGAAUCGCUUGUAUACCGGUCACUCGCUAGGGUCAUGGAACAGGUCGAGGGUGGCGAUUUGAUUAUCAACCGAGGUGUCGAAUCAAAACCAAAGGAAUCUGCAGCAGGAAUUCCUCGGGAUUUCAAUUCGGUGGACGGAUACGAUGCUGCUAUUAAGCUCGCGCAGGCAAAUAUAGAUGAAUUCAUCAAGACCAAUUCCAGAGUACCACCCAAAGAGUCAUCUAUUCAGAAUCCUGUUACAUACUCCUCUGUCUACCUCCGCAUCCAGCCAUUCCUCACAUCUUUCACCCUUCCUCAGCCCGUUGAUACUUCAGAGCAGUCCGCAGAAACGCCCCAGCAGUCUAACCUCCAGUUCCUGCUACAUCUGUCUGAUCCCGGGCAUAAGUUGGUGCACACGACUAUAACGCAGGCUGUGCCUGGUAGUUGGUUGCAAAUUUGGGAUGAUUAUGACUGGGUGGAAGAUCUUGUAGCCGAGUCUCUCAGGGUAGGCAUUGAAGUCAUUGGGCAGGACUACAUUGUCGCACGGAUGGGAUGGGGUAAGAAGGCA